UUUAUUCAGAAUGAGUCUCGCGCUCCAGCAGUGCGACGCGAAUCACGGUCGGGCCAUCGUCGUCGUUCAACGCGUUUUCUUAACGGCCGAAUACACGUUGCUGCUCCCGCAGUCGUCGUCGAGGACGCGCGUGAACGACACCUGUCCGCUGUGCACACCACGUCCUCAUACGUGUAUCGGUGUCGUUUUACGAGUGCAACAAAUAAUUGUUACGAUAUUUUCUUGUUUAAAAUUUAUUUUUUACUAUUUUUGUCGAAACAAGAAUUCGUAAAUAUUUUUUCAUCGGUGUUCACCCCCGUUUCUGCAGUGCGCGAAAGAUUGUAUUAUACGAGUGCACGAUCGACGUCUGAAAUGAUUGUACGAAUGAAAUACCAGGCCGGACGGCCUGGCGAGUUACUGAGCAAAACUCGGUGGGCCGCGACAAUUUUUGGCCUUUUAAGUUGUAAAAGGCCACUAACAGAAUAUACUGAUAGUUUAAAGUUGAAGAUUAGUGCACCAAUUUAAAUAUGCGAUUAAAAAAAUUUGGACAAGGGCCGCCAGUUAGAGAUGACGACCGCCGAGAGGAUUCCCAUAUGGCUACAUGAGAAAAAACUUUGGAUCAGCGAUGCGGACAGGCGUACAACGUGUGCCGACGUGGUGGCCACGUUGACGGGCCACGGCAGUGACUACGCGGUGGCUGUUGACGGGUGCGGUGCGCGCGCCGGAAGCACCAUGGUGGCCGACCCUGGCGUCCGGGUGCUGAAGAUCUGGCAGAGCCUGCGGCCGGACCAGAAGCUGUGCUUGCAGAGGACGACGAGUGGAAGCGGCGGCGCAUCAGUGGGAUGGCAUGACGAGGACGACGCGGGAUCCGAAAUGAGCGGUUACCGGGGGGCGCAGAGAAAGCGCCGCCGGGAGGUGGUCAAGUACGCGUCGAGGACGGUUCACCCAAAGCGGCUGAGCAACACGCAGGCGGCCGAGGAGCUGCUGAAGCUCAUACUAGAGCAGAGCGACACGAUCCGGGCGCAGCUGAAAAAGCUGCAAGACCGGGACAAGAAGAUCGAGAAGAUCGAGACGGAGACGCAUAAGACGCGAUCGGACGCGUUGGGCUCGAACUACUUGCUGGACGCGUACCUAGGCGACGGGGGUGGCGGUGGUGAUAGUGGUGGUGGUGGCCGAAAUGGUGGCGGCAGCGGCGGUGGUGACGAUAAGGAAGAAAAGGACAGCGGCAUCACGGAAGGCGCGAGUAUGGAGAACGAGGACGACGAUGACGAUGACGAAGGUAGCGGCGACAUGAUGGCCGCGCAAACAGACACGUUACCGUCGUCUCCGUCAUCGUCCACCCUCGAGGCCAUCGGCUACCUGGAGAGAAUCGUCAAGAUCAACAAAAAGCUGUACGAGCACGAGGAGCGCAUGAUCCGCUUAUACGUGAACGUAGAACGGUGCCGGGACCGGGACCAGCUGCUCGACGAGUUGAGGAAGGCCGAGGUCGAAUUGGCCGACACCGAGCGCAUGUACCGGGAGAACGCGUUACUCAUAAGGAACACGGAUACGGAGCUGCGGUCGCGGCUGGGCUUCAUCGAGCAGCUGCAAUACGAGGCAGCCAUCGUGGACAGCGAAAACGAGUACCUGAUGGGCUUCAUCGAGUACGGUCGGCAGCAGAGUUUGAUCGAAAACCACAAGCAACAGCAGCACCAGCACCACCACCACCACCAGGCGGCCACUUGUCGGGUGUUGGACACGUUGGUCUGAAGCGCGGCUUUAGGUGUGGGAGAAUAGUUCUUUAUUUUUUCACUCUUACCUUGUAUAUUCCAAACGAUUGUGUUAUUUAUCUUUAAGUUAUUAUUACUAUGUACCUAUGUUGGUUUUAAAUAAAUAUCAUUUUUACCUAUA